AUGGCUCCGUUCCUCCCCUCUCUCCUCCUCUUCGCCCUCCUUGCUGUCGCCGUCGCGGGUUCUUCUGCUUCUCCUUCUUCCGAUUCCGAUGAAUCAGCAGCCUACCUCUCCCUAUUCCACCAAGACUACUCACCGCCUUCCCCUCCCCCUCCGCCUCCCCACCCUCCCUCCCUCUCCUGCACCGACGACCUGCAUGGCCUCGGCUCCUUGGACACCACAUGCCAGAUAGUCUCCGAUGUGAACCUCACCGGCGAGGUUUACAUCCAGGGCCGGGGAAAUUUCUACAUCCACCCGGGCGUUGCUUUCAGCUGCCUCACACCUGGGUGCUCACUCACGCUCAACAUCUCCGGCAACCUCACUCUAGCUCCCAAUUCCUCCAUCGUCACCGGCGCCUUCAACCUCUUCGCUUCCAACGCCUCGUUCCUCAAUGGCACCUUCGUCAAUACUACUGGAUUCGCUGGGGAUCCGCCCCCGCAGACCAGUGGCACCCCGCAGGGUGUGGAUGGCGCUGGCGGGGGCCAUGGGGGGCGGGGAGCGGCUUGCUUGGUCGACACCACUAAGCUCCCCGAAGAUGUCUGGGGUGGGGACGCUUACUCUUGGGAGAACUUGCAGGAUCCUGCGAGUUACGGCAGCAAAGGUGGGAGUACCAGUAAUGAGGAGGAUUUUGGUGGGGGUGGUGGUGGAAUCGUGAGGAUGUUCAUUGAUGAAUAUAUAGUGGUUGAUGGGCUUAUUUUGGCUGAUGGAGGCGACGGAGGUUCCAAAGGAGGCGGCGGCUCUGGUGGCAGCAUUUACCUCAAGGCGUAUAAGAUGACAGGAAGUGGCCGGAUAAGUGCUUGUGGGGGCAGCGGUUUUGCUGGUGGUGGUGGAGGGAGAAUUGCUGUGGACAUUUUCAGCAGGCAUGAUGAUCCUCGAAUUUUUGUGCAUGGAGGAAAUAGUCGUGGCUGUCCAGAAAACGCUGGUGCUGCUGGGACGCUAUAUGAUGCUGUUCCAAGGAGCCUUAUAGUUAGUAAUGACAAUCUUUCAACAAACACCGACACUCUUCUUUUGGAGUUUCCUAAUCAACCCCUUUGGACCAACGUCUAUGUUCGAAAUCGUGCACGCGCUACCGUUCCCUUGCUCUGGAGUCGUGUUCAGGUCCAAGGACAAAUAAGUCUAUUGUCUGGUGGACUUCUGAGCUUUGGGCUAGCUCAUUAUGCUACUUCUGAAUUCGAACUAUUGGCUGAAGAACUAUUGAUGAGUGACUCAGUGAUGAAGGUGUAUGGGGCUCUACGCAUGACUGUUAAAAUGUUUUUAAUGUGGAAUUCCCAAAUGCUCAUCGAUGGAGGUGAAGAUGCUGCUGUUGCAACUUCUUUGCUUGAAGCCAGUAAUCUAGUUGUUCUUAGGGAGUCAUCGGUUAUACAGUCCAACGCAAAUUUGGGUGUUCAUGGACAAGGUUUGUUGAAUCUAUCUGGACCAGGUGACAGGAUCGAUGCCCAACGUCUUGUCCUAUCACUGUUUUACCGUGUUCAUGUUGGUCCUGGAUCUACUUUGCGUGGCCCUCUGGAAAAUGCAACAAGUGAUGCCAUUACUCCACAACUCCACUGUGAACUUGAAGAUUGCCCUGUUGAACUGGUUCAUCCUCCUGAAGAUUGCAAUGUGAACUCAUCGCUCUCAUUUACUCUCCAGAUCUGCCGAGUUGAGGAUAUUACUCUUGAGGGACUUGUAGAAGGAUCUGUAGUACAUUUCCAUCGCGCAAGAACUGUAACAGUUCAACCUUCUGGAACAAUUAGUGCGACUGGGACAGGUUGCACGGGUGGUGUCGGAAGAGGUAGUUUCUUGAGCAACGGAGUCGGCAGUGGUGGUGGCCAUGGUGGCAAAGGUGGGCUAGGAUGUUACAACGAUAGUUGCAUUGAUGGUGGCAUUUCGUACGGAGACCAAUACUUGCCUUGCGAACUUGGUAGUGGAAGUGGACAUGGAAACUUAACUGGUACAACAGCAGGGGGUGGAAUUAUAGUGAUGGGUUCUCUGGAGCAUCCAUUGUCAAGUUUGUCUGUUGAAGGAUCAGUAAGAGCUGAUGGAGAAAGUUUUCAGCAAACUGUUCAAAAUGGGAUGCUUGCUUCUAUGAAUGAUAGUGUCGGGGGUCCUGGGGGUGGUUCUGGGGGAACCAUCCUUAUGUUCUUGAGGACGAUAGAACUUGGUGAGGCUGCUUUUCUUUCAAGUUCUGGUGGCUAUGGUAGUCCUCAGGGGGGUGGCGGAGGAGGUGGGGGGAGGAUUCACUUUCAUUGGGCGGACAUUCCAGCUGGCGAUGUUUACCAGCCGAUUGCCAGUGUGAAGGGAAGCAUCUACUCUAGGGCCGGGUUGGGGAAGGACGGAGGUGGUUCUGGCGAAAACGGAACAGUAACUGGAAAAGCCUGCCCGAAAGGACUAUAUGGAGUAUUUUGCAAGGAAUGUCCAGCUGGAACUUACAAGAAUGUUACUGGAUCUGAUCAGACUCUUUGCCGACCCUGCCCAGCUGAUGAGCUUCCUAGUCGUGCUCUAUACAUUUCUGUUAGAGGUGGUAUUGCUGAAACACCGUGUCCCUACAGAUGUAUUUCCGAUAGAUUCCACAUGCCGAACUGUUAUACAGCCCUUGAAGAGUUGAUUUACACAUUUGGUGGACCAUGGUUGUUUGGACUUCUUCUUCUGGGUCUGCUCAUUCUUUUGGCAUUGGUACUAAGUGUCGCCAGGAUGAAAUUUGUGGGUGGUGAUGAACUAUCUGGCCCAGCUCCCACCCAGCACGGUUCUCAGAUUGAUCACUCAUUCCCAUUCUUGGAAUCAUUGAACGAGGUGUUGGAAACAAAUAGAGCUGAGGAGUCCCAGAGCCAUGUGCACAGAAUGUAUUUUCUGGGUUCUAAUUCUUUCAGUGAGCCUUGGCAUCUGCCGCAUUCGCCCCCUGAGCAAAUAAAAGAGAUUGUAUAUGAAGGAGCUUUUAAUACAUUUGUUGAUGAGAUUAAUGCUAUAGCUACGUAUCAAUGGUGGGAAGGUGCAAUCCACAGUCUUCUUUCUGUAACGACAUAUCCCUUGGCAUGGUCAUGGCAGCAAUGGCGACGAAGGGUCAAAUUGCAGAGACUACGGGAGUUUGUUCGAUCAGAGUAUGACCAUGCUUGCCUACGUUCUUGCCGCUCUAGGGCUCUCUACGAAGGGAUUAAGGUGGCUGCAACUUCUGAUCUAAUGCUCGCAUAUGUUGACUUCUUCCUUGGUGGAGAUGAGAAGAGAGGUGACCUUCCUCCUAGUCUCUAUCAAAGAUUUCCAAUGACUAUAAUUUUUGGAGGUGAUGGGAGCUAUAUGACUCCCUUCUGUGUUCAAAGUGACAAUAUUCUCACCAGCCUCAUGAGUCAGCUGGUCCCGCCCACUACUUGGUACCGGAUGGUGGCUGGUCUGAAUGCACAACUUCGAUUAGUUAGUCGGGGGCAUCUGAGGUUAACCUUCAAACCAUUGGUCAAAUGGCUUGAAACACAUGCCAAUCCUGCUCUGAAGGUGCAUCAAGUACAAGUCGACAUUGUCAGGUUUCAGGCAACAUCUUGUAGUUAUUGCCAGUACGGACUUUUGGUUUAUGCUUCUGAUGAAGAAAACCAGCAUGCAUCCAGCGAGACUCUGGAAGAUGCAAAGCAAAUCGCACAGCAAUCACGCAUGAAGAAGACAGAUGGAGAAUAUGCACAGACUCUCUUUACCCGACCCAAUAGAAGCAGUGAGAGUAAUGCGAGGCAAAGGAAGAGCCACGGGGGUGUAAUUGACGUUGACAGUUUGAAAACACUUGAAGAGAAGAGAGAUAUAUUUUACCUUCUCUCUUUCAUAGUUUUUAACACCAAACCAAUUGGUCACCAGGAUCUUGUUGGUUUGGUAAUCUCAAUGCUACUUCUAGGAGAUUUUAGCUUAGUGUUGCUGACUUUGCUCCAGUUAUAUUCGAUCUCACUUGGGGAUGUUUUCCUGGUUUUAUUCAUCCUACCUCUGGGUAUCAUUCUUCCAUUUCCUGCUGGGAUUAAUGCUCUAUUCAGUCAUGGACCUAGACGGUCUGCAGGCCUUGCUCGUAUCUAUGCUUUGUGGAACAUUACCUCGUUGAUGAAUGUUGUUGUUGCAUUUGUGUGCGGGUACAUCCACUACAACAGUCAGACAUCAUCAAGCAAGAAGUUCCCGUUCGAGGCAUGGAAUAUCAGCAUGGAUGAGAGCGAAUGGUGGAUAUUCCCCGCAGCGCUGGUUCUGUGUAAAAUGGUGCAGUCCCAGCUCGUGAAUUGGCACGUGGCGAAUCUCGAGAUUCAAGACCGUUCACUGUACAGUAAUGAUUUUGAGCUAUUCUGGCAGUCAUGA